UAACGCUGUAUGGAAUACUCAAUUUUAGAACUUCUAGGAAAAUGCUUGUAACUUUUUGAUGCAAGGUCAUACAGAGUUGUGCGAGGUCUUAUUUUGAUCAGAAACGUUUGCUCUACAAGUCUCUGUGAAGAAUCGCCGGUUUUUGAGAUAUUUUCCAUUUUUCUCAGUUAAGAAACGUUUUAUUAUGAAAAUAAUGUGAAAUUCGAAAUCAGCGUGAAAAACUGCAUCGAAUGAUGUAUAAUUGGUUAGUUUUACAAAUAAAACAUUUUUUGACGAAAUACAGGGCAAAGGCAUUUUUUAACAAAUAAAGAUUUUUUUUCGAAUUCGGCCUUUUUUCCUAUUAUUAAUAUCUGACGCAUAAUAAGACUAUAUUAUGCGAAAAUAAUCAUUCUUUAGCUCAAAAAAUCAGGUGUCCGCCUGCUCUACGAAAAAAUGUCCACUGUUCGACGUGGGAGUGAGUUACUGUAAUUUUUCGUUGCUCAAAUCAGGUCGUUUUAUGUUAAGAAGUUGAAGUUUAUCAGUCGAUUUGCGGAAGAGUUGGAGUCUUGUUCGUAUUAAAGUAGUUGAACUUAUACUGAAUGUUAUCAGAAUAGUUUUUGACUUUUUGUUAAUUCCAGCAAUGGUUAAACAAACUGUCAACUGAAUAUGAGAAUCUAAAAUUUGGAACCAAUCAUUCUUGUUUCCGAUCAGAAGAAACUAGUCAGGAUGAUGAUGAUGAUAAUUGUGAGAAGCAUGGAGAGGAAGAGACGGAACACGAUGAGCAAAAACACAAUAACACACUAUUAACAAUGUCGUGCCAUUUGUCGUGGGUACAUCAAAUAUUGCUUCCCACACAAGCGUCUGAUGGUCAGGGUGAAGAACAAACACAACAACAACAACAACAACAAUUUACGACAACUGAACAAAAACAAUUACCAUCAUUGGAUUUUGGUUCUAACACGGUUCGUCCUGUAGAUUUAGUGGAAACAAAUCUAACAGAUAAAUCAGUCGAUAGAAAAGAUACACUAAUUGUUCAAGUUGUCACUGAAUUAGCCACACAACUAUUGGAUGUUGCUUCUGAAUAUGAGCAGACAGAAAAUAUGACUUUAUCAGCAAUUAUUUCAGAUUAUUCAGCAUACUUGUUAACAAGUAUUAAUGAGCCAUUACUACAGAAAAUUAACAGUAUGGAUGAAUGA